GGAGCACGCUUGUCACUAAUUCGUCGCCACCACGCCUUUCCGGAGCACAGAAGGCCGCUUCUAAAAGGAAAGGGGGGAGGAACCCUUCUCGCUCACCCUACUUUGCUGGAGUCACUUCCUGAUACAAAUUUCCCCAGAAUUGAACGCGGGCGGGCGCACGGUAAAGUAGAAGUUUCUUGCUCACCGGCAAGGACACCCCGGGCGAGAGAACGCCGCUAAUGAAGGAUGGCGGCCGCAAUGGGACCGCCCUCUCUGAUGCAUUCGCGAGCCGUGCGCGAGCUCUGCCAGAAUUCCAGAGAAACGUUUUUAGAGGCCUCCCGCUUGCUGCUUACCUAUGCGGACAAUAUCAUCAGCCACCCAGAUGAAGAAAAAUAUCGAUCUAUUCGGAUUGGAAACCAAGCAUUUUCCACUAGAUUGUUGCCUGUCAGAGGAGCUGUUGAAUGUUUGUUUGAAAUGGGGUUUGAGGAGGGAGAAACACACCUUGUUUUUCCAAUGGAAGCUUCGAUUGAUAAGCUGCGCAAAAUUCGAGACCUAAUUGCUGGGGAAAGAACUAGUCGAUUAAAUGGAUCAAAUCAAAUUGAAAGGUCAGGAUCCUCUGAGGGGGUGACAAACGUGGCGUCUGAUGCCCCUCAACCAUCAAGAAAUGCUGAUGCUAAUCUAGCCCCCACCGACAAGACACUACAGUCAUCAGCUGCUGAGUCUGCUGUCAUGACAGGCGAACCAGUUUUCUUAAAGACGCUUCAAUCAAACUUUCAGCAUGUGAUGAUAUAUGAAAACCCUGCUUUACAAAAGAAAGCAUUGGCUUGUAUCCCAAUCUGGGAACUGAAAAAGAAAGCUCAAGAUAGUCUAACACAAGCAAGAAAGGUUGAUGGAGGCACCCUUGUGAAUGAGCAGGACUUUCUGUUGCUGGAGCUUUUGAACUGGUUUAAAUGUGAUUUUUUCCAGUGGGUAAACAACCUUCCUUGCAGCAAGUGUGAGGGCCAGACAGAAUCUAAAGAUAACUUGACACCUAGCGAGGAUGAUCUGAGAUGGGAUGCAAGUCGAGUUGAAAAUCACUUCUGUAACCAAUGCCAAUUGAGCAACAGGUUUCCAAGGUACAAUAAUCCCGAAAAGCUGCUGGAAACUAGACGUGGGCGCUGUGGAGAGUGGGCCAACUGUUUUACCCUCUGUUGCAGAGCUAUAGGUUUUGAAGCAAGAUACGUUUGGGAUGCAACAGAUCACGUGUGGACAGAAGUUUAUUCUUCAUCACAGCAGAGGUGGCUUCACUGUGACCCUUGUGAAAAUGUCUGUGAUAAACCCCUUCUGUAUGAGAUUGGAUGGGGGAAAAAACUCUCCUACAUUAUUGCGUUCUCUAAAGAUGAGGUUGUUGAUGUAACCUGGCGAUAUUCUUGUAAACAUGAUGAACUACUUUCUAGAAGGACACAGGUCGAAGAAGCAGCACUACGUGAAACCAUUAAUAACCUUAACAAAAUGAGACAACAAUCUGUAACUGAAGGCAGAAGAAGGGAGCUGUUAGAGAGGAUCAUUGUGGAGCUUGUUGAAUUUAUUUCUCCAAAGAUUCCAAAGCCAGGAGAACUUGGUGGCAGGACAUCAGGAUCCAUUGCAUGGAGAGUAGCCAGAGGUGAAAUUGCCUUACAGAACAAGGAAGUUGUUUUUAUUCCAACCGGAAAAGAGAAGACAUCUAAGUUUCUCCACCUCAGAUAUAAUAUAGUGAAAGAUUGUUAUGUGCGAAUAUCCAAUAACAAUGAAAGGAUUAGUGGUUGGGAGAAUGGCAUAUGGAAGAUGGAAUCUGUAUGGAGAAAGGCUGAAUCAGACUGGAAAAUGGUUUAUUUAGCCCGAAAAGAAGGAUCAAUUUCUGGUUACAUCAGCUGGAAGUUUGAGUGUGGUUCUGUUGGUCUAAAAAUAGAAAACAUUUCUGUCAGAACGAGCAGUCAGACAUUUCAGAGUGGACGGGUGAGGUGGAUGCUGUGCUCUGGAAACACAGAAGUUGAUGUAAAUGGAGAUAAAAACCUUCACUCUUACCCUGAUAUUUCCAACGUAACAGAUGUUCUUUUGAAAGCAGAACUAAGUGGAGGGGAUGGUGAUAUUGCAUGGCAACACACACAGCUGUUUAGACAAAGUUUAAAUGAUGGAGAAGAUUGUUUUGAGAUCAUCAUAAAAUUCAAUGAACUUUGAAUAUCUAAAAAAAGACACCUGUAUGAAGUAAGGACUGCUGGUACAAAAUAUUUGAAAGCAUUUUUCAUUGGACAAUUGUGAAGAAAUGGAUUUUGUAAGAUGGCAUACAAAGAAAUCCUGGUAUCUUGUAAGUGUGCCCUACGACUAAUGCCUAAUCAUCCAAAAAUGUAGCAUUUUGUAUUCAAAGAGAGGGGAAAACCUUAUUAACCCAAUACUACACACAUUUACUUGGUAGUCAGUCUCAUUGGACAUAAUGGAAUUUAUUUCUGAGUAAAUAUGGACAGGAUUGGGCUGCAUGUCAUUUAAGGCUGGGACUCCUGCUUCUAACCAGUCUAUACUGGGAAGUAAAGGGUUUUUUUAAAAAAAAUGAAAAUUGAAUAAAGGUUUCUGUUUAAACUUUGGAGCUAGAAAUUUGAUUAAUAAAAUA